CCGGUCCCGGGCUUUCGGCGGAGGCGGCGGCGGGAGCGCGGCAGCAGGAUGGCGGCGGGCGCGGGCGAGGCGCGCCGGGUGCUGGUGUACGGCGGCCGGGGUGCGCUGGGCUCCCGCUGCGUGCAGGCUUUCCGGGCGCGCAACUGGAUUAUGAGAGGGAGAAAGAACCAGAGCCUUCCUUCAGCACACAUGAUGCUGUGGGUGGCCAGCAUUGACGUGGUGGAGAAUGAAGAAGCCAGCGUCAGUAUCGUGGUGAAGAUGACGGACUCAUUUCCCGAGCAGGCCGACCAGGUGACUGCUGACGUCGGGAAGCUCCUGGGGGAACAGAAGGUGGACGCCAUCCUCUGUGUGGCUGGAGGAUGGGCCGGUGGCAGUGCCAAGUCCAAGUCUCUUUUUAAAAACUGUGACCUAAUGUGGAAGCAGAGCAUGUGGACCUCCACCAUCUCCAGCCACCUGGCCACCAAGCACCUCAAGGAUGGAGGCCUUCUGACCUUGGCGGGGGCCAAGGCGGCCCUGGAUGGGACUCCGGGCAUGAUCGGCUACGGCAUGGCCAAGGGCGCAGUCCACCAGCUCUGCCAGAGCCUGGCGGGGAAGAACAGUGGCAUGCCCUCGGGCUCGGCUGCCAUCGCCGUGCUGCCGAUCACCCUGGACACCCCCAUGAACCGGAAGUCCAUGCCUGAGGCCGACUUCAGCUCCUGGACGCCCCUGGAGUUCCUAGUGGAGACCUUCUAUGACUGGAUCACUGAGAAAAACCGCCCGAGCUCAGGAAGCCUGAUCCAGGUGGUUACCACAGGGGGAAAGACGGAGCUGACCCCAGCAUAUUUUUGAACUACUCCUCAGUGUUUGUGAGGGAAAGGCCAGAGGUGCCCAUCUAGCUCAAUGUGGUCAUGUCAGUGUUUCUUGUCAUCCUGUGAGUGGUACGAGACCAUCCUAGUUUUCUCUCUCAUGACAGGCUGCACCUGCUCGCCUGCCGGUACAAAUCCUGUGAAGCCAGCAGGUGGCACUGUAGAUCUGUUAGUUCCCAGACCUGGGUGGUCUCUGUUGAGUCCUCUCUAUCUGUGCCAUGUUGAAUUGUCUUCAAGACUCUGUUCCCGAUGUCACUGUCACCCAGAUGAGUUGAGAGGUUGUCAUUUUCGGAGGGGUUCGGGGGCUCAAAUUAGUUUGGAAUGUGUCACUGAUGUCGUUUUUGUAGCCUCUAGCGAAACUGCCUUAAGACUUGUUGUGUGGUGUGAAUGGUCCCCCGGGCUCUGUAGAGGGACCACAGGUGGUGAUUGGGGGAGUUUUUCUUCCUAAUAAAUGUUCUUGAUGAA